AGAAUAGAAGUUGCUACAGUGUAACAAGUGAUUUGUGUCUCUUCAUUCUGAGACCGUUUUACAUUCGUCAAAACACGUAGCGCAGAAUAAAAGUUCCAACAUUGUGGCAAGCGGUUUGUUUUGAUACAUUUUACAACGCUUUUACUCCAGUCGAACGCCGUGGCGCAACAUUGUAACAAAGUAGUGGGUCUCGCGACGUUCAUUGGAAUAGAAGGACAGCUCAGCGUGUUUGCGGUAACCAGCCAAACAGUCCCAAGGAGACAAUGUUGGAUGGUGUUUUGUGAGCGUUUAAAGGGAAUGAGAGUGAACGAGGGAAGCACGCUUUGAGCACUGCAGCGUUCGAGUGGCCAGUGCCAUGAAACUGAAUCCACAGCAAGCCCCAUUAUAUGGUGAGUGUCUGUUGACUGUCCAGCUCUGUGAGGAAGAGUGUGUCGAGGAUGAGGAGGAUGUAGAGUUUUACCUGCUAUUCGCCGGCUCCACCCAGAGGCACGUUUCCAGCACUUUGAAAGUCAGCCAUGUCACGCUGCAAGCCGUGUGCCCAGCUCAUGAUCGCAGUGAAACUGUGCGGGUCAUGCUGUGCCAGGCCCGGCCCGGAGGCUCAGUGGAACCUGUGGCUGAGGAAUGCUUCCAGUUCGUGCAGGACCUUGCCCUGGACAUGGCCCAGUUCCUGGUGAAUGCGGCUGGGAAGACCGAGGGAGCGUUACUUCUGGACGAGUGUCAAAUCCCCCUGAAGGAGUGUGAGAGGUUGGAUGAUACUCUGGCUCUUGCUCUUAGACAUCUGCCUCUACCGGCAGGCUGGAGCGUCCUAGGCAUAGACUUGGGCACGGGCACUUGCACAGGCUUGGGAAUUGAACCUGGACCACAAGACACACUUUUGCACUUUGCUGCAAAGCGUGGACUACGCAAGGUAGCACUGUUUCUCCUCCAGCAACCCGGAGGAAAAGAGGCCCUCCAACUUCCCAACAAACAGGGUCGUACACCGGCCAGGGUCGCCCAGAAGAGAGGCCACACGCAGCUCCAGAAACUGCUGACGGAGGUUGACAACCAGCCUGAGUUGGAGACGAAAACGUCCAAGUGGCGUUACCCAGACGGCAGAGUUCUGCGACACCACCCCAAGCUAAACACUUACACCCUGACACUAGAGGAUGUGCCAGGGAGUCCCCCACCUAACCUUCAGUGUGAUGUGGAGGAGCUCCAACGCCUCAUGCAGUCACAUCAGAAGGAAGAUCCUCCGCCACAGCAUAAGCCAGCACUGCUGAUUCUUAACAGAAACUCAAGUGAUAAAACAGAUUGCCUACCGCCCAAUUCUCUGGAGCCUGAGCAUCAGAAACCCAACUCUGAACAAGAAGAAACCUGCGAAUCAAACAGCUCUGCCAUUGAGGAUGGAUUGUGUAUUCGUCAAAACGGCACAGGAGAUCAUGUCCAAUCGCAGGACGGGGAGGUGGAGCUUGACCCGCCGGCUGUAGGGGAUACUGGGAAGGCGUCAGACAAGGCUGACUGUUCGCAGCAGCGGGUAGUAGGCAAUUCUGUGACUUUCAGUGCCCCUUCCUGUGGAAACCAGCGGGAGGAAGCUGAUAUAGAGCUCUGCGUAGUCAGUGCCAAACAGGGGGCUGCACAGCCUGAUAAAGGGAACCAAGAAGAGCAGGAGGCUUGCCAGAGGAGUUUAGAGACUGAAACAGACAAUAACUCUCAAUCUGGAAACCUUGAGUCCCAAGACAUGGGCCACGCACAAUCUCAGGGUCUCCUCCCCAUGGAAACUAGUCAGCCCUCACUAAGAGAGGAGGAGAGCGAGGGGAGUACAGAUCUUAGUUGGCGAGGGGACUUACCAGAGGAAAGGGAAGGGGAGACGAGUAGCAGCCAGGAAAUAGGCUUACACUCUUCAGCACUUUCUUCCCAUGAUCCAGAGGAAAACAGUCAGCACGAUGACAAGACUGAGCCCAAGCUGUCUACGGAAUGCUCGGUGGGAACAGAUGAAGUUAAAUUGACUUUAAUUCAGGUAAAUUCUGAGGUUACCUCAUCCGUACGAAUAGACGAAACUGUUAUUUCUGAUGGUGUUGACAAGCCACAUAGUAGCCUAGAGACAGAGACAGGAAAUCUAAGCAAAGACACCAAAGGCAACACUGAGUCAGUUUCUGGUUUGGUUACGGAUGACGCUAGCAUAAAGCAGAACUCUGGAUGUAGCAUUUCAGAGGGUGAUCCUUUGGAAUCGUUAAGUCUCCUGCCAAACAUGGCACCAGGACCGGUGCAUAAGAUUCGACGAGGGCUCUCGCCUGUUACUGAGACUUCCUCUCAUGAAGGUCCAGCUGUGGAGCCCUUUUCUGAGACUACAGAAAGUUUUCAACAGCCACACCAAGUCACACAAUCUUCAGAAACCACAUUAGAAUGUCAGGAGAUUUUGUUGAAUGACACAGACUGUGACAUCAGCACAAUAACAGGGAAUUCUGUUGGCAUCACUGCGGAGAUUUCGUCUUGCCAGAUUGAUGGGUCUCUACCUGAUGGAAGCAAGGAGGAGGUAGCCCCGAAUGAGAGGAUAAACAACCCUAAGGAGAUCUUUGAAGAGCCGGAAUCAGUUAAGGACAUUGUUGUCUCACAGUUGGAUGACAAAUCAAAAUCUUCUGAUGAAUCUUCUCUGCCUGUUGACUCGGAAACCUAUAUUGUAAGUGAUUUACAACAGGAUGUGUCUACAAUACUGCAUUCUGAACAUUGUGGAGCUGAUAUAAUCGUAGGAACUCCAUUCAAAGAAGAGGCAUCUGAAACGUUUGUUCAGCCAGAUUCUACGUCCAAACUGGUUGAGCAGAUUCCUGAGGAAUAUUCUGGAGAUACCACAAAUGAAAAUCAAAUUUGUGAACCAGGGGAACCAUCGGUUCUAGUGUCCACUUUGCAAGGGGAACCGGGAUUUAAGGAUGUUGAUCCAGAUGAACCUCUACAGGAAAGGGAAAUUGACUCUACUUCACAGGACACAAUCAGCGAGCUCCCUGAUCCGUCGAAAAUCACACACAAUGAUUGUCCUGAAUCCAAAGCACAGUUCCAGCUCCCUGAAUCCUCCAAGGAGAGUGCAAACACACCAUUAGAACCAACUGUUGAAUGUGUGAAUGACCUAGACCGGUCUUGUGCCUCACUCCUAACAGAAAGCCAAGGUGACAGACCUUCUGAGACACCCUUCACUGAUGGAGUAAUUUAA